AGCUUCGCAGUACCUUGGUCUUCUAGUUUCACUGCUGCUCUGGCUGCUGUUCGGAUGUCCUUUCGCAGUCCAUCGUCAAUACCGUUCGCAUCUGGUCGGUUCUUCUCUUCGCUCCAUCGACGCCGACAGUAGUCGCCCCCGCCUUGCUUCCUCGCGGUAUCGUGUCGCUCGAGAAUUGGUCGGCCUUGAUGCGUGACUUGGGUUGAACUAUGGACUCCGUGCAGGCCUCACAGCGUGAUCAGGCUCGCAUGUCAUUGCCACCCCAGCGACUGAGUGCUCUGUAUCAAUAUCACAACGCACCUGAAGUGGCACCUGCACACGGUCUGGAGUACGACGACACAAUAUAUCCCGUUUCCGACAAGUAUCCCGUGAUACGCGAAUCACCACUUUACGAUGGAAAAUUCAGCGGGAACGGGCGGUAUCAUGGGGACGGCAACAAUCGCCCACCGCGGAUUAUCUUUGGUAUGAAGAUUAAGACAUUCUUGGUGGUGGCGCUUGCCAUGUCAUUGGUGGUUGUGGGCGCAGCAGUAGGAGGUGCGGUCGGUGGAAGGCAACUACGAGAUGAACAUCAAACACAACUGGCCGGUACCAACGUUACAAAUACGGCACUACCAGCAACAGGAACCAAAAUCACCGCGUCUCCAACCUCGACUUUUGCAGCACCAACACCGACCUACGAACCACUCAACGACUGCCCAGCAUCGAAUAACACAGAUUACACAUCCCAGUACGCAUCCACAACCUCAUCAUCAUCAUCAUCAGUCCCAGCCGGCCUCGCCUUCACCAAAUUCUGCGACCUCGAAAACCCUCUUUCAAUGAGCAACGACGACGACGACAACGACAACAACAACGACAACCAAGACAUCAUCGCCCAAGCCUUCGUCUACAGCUUCAGCGACUGCAUCGAAAUCUGCGCCGCAUACAACUAUGCUCAUUCGGGAAGCAAUUGCACCGUCGCAGUGUACGAACCUUCCGGCAGCAGACCAGGAAACUGCUGGAUUGGAAAUACGAGACAGAGACUUCAGCCGUCGAAUUUGCGAUCAUCUACCGAUGGGACGAAUGUUGCCAUUUUACAGCAAUGAAUGAAGAAACCUCAUAAUGAAAGAAAAUCAAAAAAGAAAUCCAAAAUAUUAUUGACGACAGUGGGGAAUGAAAUUGUUCUCCCUUUUUUUUCCUAUCGCUCUUUGUGCUUUUUCUUAAUGUACUACCCCCUUUUAUGUCUCUUUUUUUUCCAUUUUCCUUAUUUUUUUUAUGAUCUUGGGGGAACAAAAACGAAUUGUCAAGGUUGGGAACGAAAGAAAGAGAAGCGCAAAUUCGGAGUUGGGGCAAUUUCACUUAUACCCCUGCGGCCACUUUGGUGGCAGAGCAGGGCAUGUACAGCAUGGCGUUGGAGGCGAUUCGAGAGUGAAGGAGUGAGUGUUUUUCUCACCCUUGUUCUAUCUACCUAUCUUGUUAUGGAUCUGUCGGAUAGGGGCUUGGGCUUGGAGAAGUGGCCUGUAGAUGUGGAAGGUGCGCGAGGCUAGCUAGGAGGUACAGGUAGCUAUGGUGUGUGAUGACUAGGGAGAGAAAGCACAAGGAGGAGGUCGAAAUGAAAUGGCAAAUACUGUAUGGUAAAGGUCAGACGCGAGAUGAUAGAUACCAUUUGGC